GACAACUGUAAGUACGUAAUGCAUGAAAGCGAAGAGGUGACAUAAAUGUAGGACUACAGGGAAUCGUUCGGGUGUCUGAGAGACACAUAACCUCUUUGCUAGAUAUGGCUCAUCGAUGUUUCCAUAGAACUGGAAUUCCAUCAUUCCUGAGGACCCCUUUCAAGUGUAGGAGACAGUGGGUGUCCUCAUUCUUAUUGGACAAUGAACCUUUCAAUAAUUAUGAGGAGCACAGGAAAAAGAUGCAAAAUUUCAGUGUGCCCGAAUACUUCAACUUUGCUAGAGAUGUUGUGGAUUUCUGGGGCUCCGAUAGAAGUCCUAAAUGUGGAUCUUCGCCGGCAUUAUGGUGGAUCGAUGAUCAAGGACACGAGAAAAAGUUCAAUUUCCAGCAAAUUUCAAGCUUGAGUAAGAGGUUGGCUAAUGUCUUUGUGAAUCACUGUGGACUAAAGAAAGGGGAUACUCUAAUAGUCAUUCUUCCCAGAAUUCCAGAAUGGUGGAUUAUAUACAUAGCAGCUAUCAGAGCUGGUAUAAUAGUGAGUUCUGGGACCACACAGCUAAGACCCAAAGACAUAGAGCUCAGACUGAAGUCCUCUGGAGCCAACUGUAUCAUCACAGACAGCUCUAGUGUACAGAAUGUGGAGAAGGUCAUCGGUAACUGUGCAGGGGUCCAGAGCAAGAUUUAUAUAGGGCAAAAAUCUGACACCCUACCUGGAUGGAAAAAUUAUAAAGAGCUCAUGGAUAAAUCCACAAAGGAGUUUGAGACAAUCAACUCUAGAUCUGAUGAGCCCAUGACCUUGUAUUUCACCAGUGGUACAACAGGUGCUCCCAAGAUGGCUGAACACACACAUGGAAGUCUGGGAUUUGGACAUUUUGUAACUGCCAGAUACAUGUUGGAUGUCUUUCACAAUGAUGUGGUUUGGAACAUUUCGGACACUGGAUGGGCUAAGGCAGGAUACAGCAGUUUAUUUGCUACCUGGCUAAGAGGAGCGUGUGUGUUUGCACACCAGACCAACAGAUUUGAUGCUGGGGAGUUCUUAGAGAUUUUAGAUAGAAACCAAGCCAUUAAUGUGUUUUGUGUGCCGCCAACCGCAUUAAGACUGAUUGUGAAGGAGAAUUUGUCCAAAUAUACACAUCUCCACAAGGUCAAGUGUCUAAGUGCAGGAGAACCAGUGAACCCAGAACUUCUAGAAGAGUGGCAGGAGGGAACAAGAGGGGGGCAUGUAUAUGAAGCAUAUGGACAAAGUGAAACAGUAUUCCUGUGUGGGACUUACCCCUGUAUUAAGAUCAAGCCUGGCUCCAUGGGAAAACCCGCGCCUGGAAUUGAUCUUGAGAUUGUUGAUGAAGAAGGAAACAUCCUGCCGAACAAUGUGGAGGGAAACGUUGGACUGAGAGUCAAACCUCAUCGACCAGUGGGUCUCUUCACUAAAUACGUGGAUGAUGAGAAGCGAACCCAGUCCGUAUAUCAGGGAGACUUCUAUAUGACGGGUGAUAAAGCUGUCAGGGAUGAUGAUGGUUACUUCUGGUUUGUAGGAAGAGCAGACGACAUCAUACUAACAGCUGGAUACCGAAUUGGUCCGUUUGAGGUGGAGAGUGCUUUGAUAGAGCACCCUGCUGUUUUGGAAUCAGCUGUAGUCAGUAGCCCAGAUCAAGUCCGAGGGGAGGUUGUAAAAGCAUUUGUAAUUAGAACUGAAAAGUACAAAACAAGAGAUGAAGGGGAAUUACGAAAAGAACUCCAAGAGCAUGUCAAAUCCAUAACUGCUCCCUACAAAUACCCAAGAAAGAUUGACUUUGUCGAAGAACUACCUAAAACUGUCAGUGGAAAGAUUCGCAGAGUGGAGUUGCGCAAUCGAGAAUGGGGAAGAGAGUAGAUUCGAAUUAUAUAGGAGCCAGCUAAUUACUUGGGGGAAUUUUAUUGAAAACAAGGGAAGAAUGACUUGUGAUUCCAAUGAAAAGAAAUCACUGAAUGAUAGACGCACGUUCUGACGAUAAUUUUUUUUUACAGUGUAAGAAAAGUUUUUGGAGGUUCUAAAGAACUCUUUUACCACACCAUAAGGCAGUCCUUUACAAACUCUGUCCAGAAAAAAAAAAUUAUCACUGGUUAAUUGCUAUAUAGAGUUUUCAUAAAUAGAAGUCAGAUAACAGUGUCCUUUUACAUUACAAUAAGAAAAUUUCUAUACCAGAAAGUGUCCAGUGUACAUCAACGGUUUAAUGUUUUUGAAUUGUUUUUCCAUGUCCAACUUCUAAAUAAACACGAUUGUGGCCAAGUGACCUUUAAAAGUAAAGGUCAAAGGUGAAUAACUGGAGAAGUUUUAAAAAUUGGAGGGAAAAAACCCAAAACAUUGUCUUCUGUAUAAAUGAAAAUAUUAACAUUUUUUAAUUGUUACUGAUUUAGUAUAAUUAUAUAUAUAUAUCACUCAUGCAGGCAUUGUUGCUGAUGUGGCCCAUGUUGACGUUUUGAAAUUUUGUGUUUCCAAGGUCAAUAGGGUAUUUGUUUUUUGUUUUGUUUUAAUUGUUUUAUGUCCAAUUACUCUAUAUAUAUUUACAUGUACUUUUGUAUUUUGUAUACAGAAUGUAAUUUGUAUUCCAUGUACCAGUAUAUACAAUUCUAUAUAAAAGAUUUUGAAUUUGAAAGACCAAUUUUCCAUCUUUGAUCA